AAAAUUCUCAAGCUGUACUUAACCUACUACGACUUCCAGACCCGACAGGGACAUUGAUAUUUACGGACGCAAGUCACCACCGCCAGAGGAAAAGAAGACACAAGCUGAGAUGGCAUCAAAAGUUGUUAUUGUUACCGGUGCUAGCCGGGGCAUUGGACUGGCAGUGGCCCAGUAUCUGCUACAGGCCAGCCACAAAGUAGUUCUGGUUGCAAGAACCGAAGACAAUAUUCUGAAACUCAAAGAGCAAUAUCCCAAUCAGGUCGCCUUUUGUAGAGCAGAUCUGGGAACCAAAGAGCCUUCAACUUCCGUUAUCACUGAAUCUGCAAUCAAGACAUUUGGACAGAUCGAUGGACUUGUAUUGAAUCAUGGUACCUUGGAGCCUCUAGGUCGCCUUGAAAAUGCAAAACUCGACGAAUGGAUGCAGGCUUACAGCACUAAUUUGUUCAGUUGCCUAUCCCUGAUCAAGGAUGCCAUCCCCCAUCUUCGUGAGACAAAGGGGCGUAUUGUCUUCACUUCAUCGGGAGCUGCCCUGAAGGGUUACUCCUCGUGGGGCGCAUAUGGAUCUUCCAAAGCCGCGCUGCACUCGUUAUGCCAACAUGUCGCAGUUGAGGAGCCAGAGAUUGUCUCCAUCUCUGUGGGACCUGGCCGCGUGGACACCGAUAUGCAGAAACUCAUCCGAGAGACUGGAAAGGGUGUUAUGGCAGAGAAAGACUAUGCAGGCUUUCAAACAGCGUUUGAGGAGGGCCGUCUUAACAAGCCUGAGUGGCCAGCACAGGUCAUGGCCAGGCUUGUCUUGGAGGCAAAACCUGAACUAAGCGGGAAAUAUGCAACGUGGGACUCCGAGACCUGUGCGCCAUACCGCGAUCAACAGUGAUCGAGUCAAUUGGGAUACCUGUGCCUGAAUAAAAACUAUUAGCAUCCAUCGCGGUGAUCAAUGUUUUGGGAUGUAAAUGUGUUCAGGAAGUGAGCCUCAGUUGAAAGAUGAAAAGCAUAUUGCG